CGCAUAUACGCUUGCCGAAAACUUGAAACGAAAAACGUUUUUAUCUCGGCGCGAGAUGUUCGCGAGUGCGUUUGACCCAUAUUUAUUUGGCACUUCUCUUGAAUUCGUGAUGGUGAUCAAAAAGUGUUGUGUGAUUAGAUGACGUGUUCUGAAGGUUACUAUAUACAAGUGUAUUUGUGCGGUUAUUACUAGUCAACGUAUUGUGACGUACUCGUUCUGCGACAGAAAAACUAAAUGCCAAAUUAGUGUCAAAAAUUACAUCUUAAUUACUGAACUGGAGUAAACUGUACCUGUCACCUGAAGAGGAUAAUUAUUUUCAACAUUUCGCGCCUCAGAAAUGAUUUGUAGGUGUUGAAUAGAUGAAAUAAAAAAAUCCUUUCGUUAACCUAAAAUAAAAUAGAGUGAAGAUGUGACCCAGAAACGUUGUUUGCGUUAGUGAUUGUGAAUAUAAUGUGCCAAAAAUGUGUUCUCGUGGCAUAACGUAGAGCGUAAACAGGAAAUUUUGUGUUUGAUCUGCAUUUUAAGGAAUAUUCAGAGAAACUGAAUUUUGCUCCGGAAUAUGCUGAGCUGGUUUAGUGAUAAUGUAGCCGAUUCUGAACCCGCUUCGAAGGACAUGACAGCAGUCAAUGCGGGUAUACAUGAGCUGGCAGGCGUCCGUCUUCCUUUACAACCUUACACGGGAGGCCAUGCUGUGUUUAUGUAUAGUACAGCAUCUGAUGGCAAUGUCACUCUGCAGCUCAAGGAACCUGACGAUCUCGACAAAAACAGUCUGGCAGCAAUGCUAGCUAAGCUGCAAGAUGACGCCUCGUUCUCCAUUUCAUAUCAGGACACCGAUAUCCUAUCUGAGGGCAUCGACGUACUGCUUGGCUCGGGAACAGCUACUUCAGGUGGGAGCGAUGCAGUCACAGCCACCUUCGAUCUCUUCGACUCGUCGAGUGGUCCAGACCUCACACUAUCCCCCCAGACCUUCACCAAUUCAGCCGAGGCCUUCAUCAAUGACAAUUCCAACAGCCUAGGCGUCCCGACGGAUAGCGAUGCAGAUUACAAACCCUCUUCUCAUAGAAGUCGAAAGGAUGAACAAGCUUCAGAGGAUGUAUCAACAACUACUACAGAUGAUAAAAAAUCUCCCAGUUCUUCGGAAUCAGGAAAGUCUUCGGCUAAACGUGCAAGACCUAAGCCUACAUCACCGAAUCGUCAGGGUCCUCAGCAAUGUCAGGUCUGUGCCAAAGUAUUUGGAAACGCCUCUGCAUUGGCAAAACACAAACUGACUCACAGUGAUGAAAGAAAAUAUAUUUGCAACAUGUGCGGAAAGGCUUUUAAGCGGCAAGACCACCUCAAUGGCCAUAUGCUUACGCAUCGAAACAAAAAGCCCUACGAAUGCAAGGCAGAAGGUUGCGGUAAGAGCUAUUGCGACGCUAGAUCAUUACGAAGGCAUACAGAAAACCAUCAUAGCUCAUCAUCAUCGACAACAGUUAAUACCACAAGUACAACUUUAUCACCGGCACAAGGAGCCGCUUCGGGAGAUGCUGCCUCACCGCACGGAUCCAGUUGCAUUCAGUACGCCCCGCCACCAACGACGAGCACAACUGCAACUACGACAUCUGUGACACCAAGCAGCGGCAAGAGUCAGUUACAGCAAUUGUUAGCCACGGAUCCAGCUAAGGGCGGCAACAGUGGCAACAAUGACGGGUUAACUAAACAACAGCUGGAUCUGAUACAUCAAAUAAUGGAACAAACGCAGAGACAAUCGCAGGCCGUGGCGGCUGCAGCGGCGGCCGUCUCGAAUAAAUCCACGACCGCCCCCAAAUCCACAUCCAGUAGCGCCGGGGGCAGUAAAUCGACCGGUCCAACUAAAAUGUCCGCCAAGGCGCAUCUGGCAAAGUGGAUGCCUACGGCCUUACAGGGAAUUUACCCAUACGCGACGAGUGGAAGCGGAAGUCCGAACUCUCCCGGAUCUCCAAAUUCAACAACUGAUAAAAUGAUCCCAAAACCGGUCGAGUGCAACCUGUGUCACAGAAAGUUCAAAAACAUCCCUGCCCUCAACGGCCACAUGAGACUUCAUGGGGGUUACUUCAAAAAGGACGCUGAGAGUAAAAAAUGCGAGAAAAAAGAAGCCGGUGGCCCGCCUUUACAAACGGCAAGUUUCAGUGUGCGAGCACUAAUCGAAGAAAAAAUAAUAAAUAAAAGGAUAACAACCCCUCAACCGGCGGAAGAACAAAAAUCCAACGCUCCACCUCUUUUUCCUUUAAACGUGCAUUCCUCUUCAUCUAGCAACACCGAUCUAGAGUCGAAAAUUUCGUCAUUUGUUGUUCCAGCUCCUCCUCAACAGAACGCAGAAAAAGCUCGAAGACAUUCCGAUGCGGAAACUUUCCGCUCAACUCAACAGGAGGCGCAAGCUUUGGCCGACCUUAUUCUUAAAAGAGAAAAGGCAACUGUAAAAAGAACUACCUCUGAUCCCGGCCAGUCUUCACCAAUAAUUCAGUUUCAAUCUAGUGAGUCCUUUACUUUAGCGAACGUUACCUACCAGUCAGAAGAAGCAGAGUUCAUAUCUUCGAGUCUGCAAGAAGGAGUUUUCACGCAAGAAAGCAUGCUUCUACAAGUUACAGGAGUCGAUCCUAGUCAGCUUGCAUCAAUACAAUUUCAAACCGAUACUCUCCUCCAAGAUCAGAACGACCAACAAAUACAAAAUUUCAAAAUCGAAGAUAUCUCACUGCAAGAACCAGUAGUUCAGCACUCCCCCUCCUACCAAUCCAAUCAUUCUGUUAAUCAAGAACUACAGGCCGUGCUAGAUUCUCCCUUACCGGAGAGUUUGGCGGAAUUCAGCACAUUUCAUUCGACGAACAGCAUUGAUAUGCCCUCUCCGAGUUACCAAACUCAAUCACCUGCUCAAUAUGCCCGAUCUCCACACACAAUUACUGCACAAUCACCAUUACAGAGUCCAUUGAUAAGGCAUGAUUCUCCAGGAUUUGCUUAUCCCACACCACCAGCGAGUCAUGAAGGCCAGAGUCCAGGAUUUGGGCAAAAUACAAUAUUGCCGAUGGUAUCACCUAAUGGACAAGAGUAUGGUCAGAUAGUAGAAAGAGGUGUUUAUGAGGAGCCACCACAAGCUUCUUCGCCGCUCUCUGCCGCAUUCUUCACCUCAACAAUGUCUAGUUCCGCAGCGGUAGAAGAAGCCUUGGAGGAGGUCUUACCUGGAGAGCCAAUUUAUCCACUUACAAAUUCUCCGUCACCUCAAUCACCACUCGGCUUAACACCUGUGCCAUCACCUAUUUCUAACAUCGUUACGACGACAGAUUCCCAACCACCAACGGCGACUAGCUUUUCACCAUCUCCGAACACCUCUACCUUUACUUUGUCCGGAAACUGGUGCAACGGCUUGAUGCUCCCGAACUCAGACGAUCCUCUCUUAUCCAGCAGCCCCAAAGAUUUUGUACCAAGGAAAAAAAUAGAAAUUAAUGGAGUACCUUUAAGGCUGAUAAGCAACAACGGCCUAAUCGAACUGAACAGCACGAAUUUUGCUGGGAUUCUUGUUGAUGCUAAUGGAGAAAUAAAGUUAAUACAAACUGGCGGAAAUACUUUCCAGACGAAGAAUAUUUUGGUAACGAAUACUCCUAUAAUCACUUCACAAGAAAGUGGUAGUGAAGACAAAAAGAAGGUGAUACAAACUGUACAAUGCACUAUUCCAACGAAACAAAUUAUUAACAGGCCUAAACCAGUAACCGAAAUUAAAAAAGAAGAUAACAACGACGUGUUUUUAAGUCCUACUUCGGUACCUGCUAGUCCGAUAAGAGUAUCUAGGAAAAGGCCUAGAGCGGAACCUCUUCCGUUACCUAUAAUACAUCAAUCCAAACUUAGAGCUACAAUAAGCAAGCCCCCUGGUUGUGCGAGAUAUACACCUCAACCAAUACUAAAUCCUCAGAGGCCAGGAACUGGUCUGUAUAUCAACCUUAAAAAUAAAUGUGAAGAUAGCUGGAACAACGAUUCAAUACCAGAGAGUGAUGCAACGCCUCAUGUGAAUGUGGGCUCCAAAUUCCAAUGUAAUAUUCCUCAGUUUUUCUCAAUACCCAAUCGGGGAAAAUCGGAACGACAAUAUGAAGACUUGCUGUGGGAUCCCGGUAUUAACAAUUGCACGGAUAAUGAAGUGGAUAUGUACCUGGAUUUUGCUUGUUGUGCUGCAGUGCCAGGUGGAGGAAGGAACAAGGAAUACGCUAUGCAUCUACUUCAUAUGUGUGGAGGAAACAUUCACGACGCAAUGCUGCGGCUAAUGCAACCUUCACCGAACCUUCCUACAGACCAUCCUCUUUUGGCGUAUCAAUAUUGUGAAAGUGACAAAUGGUCUACGACAGAAACUGACAUCUUCCACAAGUCGCUGCUCAAGUACGAUAAGGAUUUCCGCAAUAUUGCUCAAGAGAUUCGUACAAAAACUGUAAAGCAAUGUGUGCAAUUUUAUUACGUUUGGAAGAAAGUUUGUGCUGACGAAUAUCGAAAAUUAAAACAUACUCGAGAAAGAAGAAAUCACUAUCUUAAACAUGUAGAAGUUGAUUUGGAUGAGAAACUUUAUACAGGGAUAGCAGAUAGUGGCUCGCCAUUGCCAAUGCCAGAUACAAGGAGUUUUGUAUGUGAAUUUCCAGAUUGCUCAGCAAGCUUUAAUUCCCGCGCCGCACUGAAUGGUCACAUCCGGAUACAUGGCGGUACUGCAAGAAACUCGCCAACGCCGUCGUCUACUACGACGGAAAGGCGGUCGGUAUCGGUCAGUUCCUCCAGCGUCUGUCCGCCAGACUCAACCGAAGAGUACCCCUGCAAAAUAUGCGGGAAGUAAGUGUACAACAUUCGUCAUAAAACAACCGAAGAGUGUUCUCAAAAAUCAAAAGUCGUAGUGCACAUAUGAAGUCUCAUCGACCCCCUGAUGCCGAACCUGUCAAAAGAAAAGAAAAGGAGACCCCUUCAUCAACCAGUAGCUACGAACUUUCCGUGCCAAGUCCGUUUAGUACUUAGUCUUAGAGAAUAAAGGAUAAAUAAUUCAUUUUUAAAUAAACAAAAUUAAUCAAAAGCAGGUAAAGGGCAAUCAAAAAUAAAGAAUAAGAGUCAGAUCAAAAAACCACCUCACCUUUUCGAAGAUCAAAAUAUAGUAGAAGAAAUGACGAUUGUGAUAGAUGUACCUAUUAUACACUAAUCACAAAAAGUAUCGCAUAAUUUCUGAAACAGAAAAAAACAUAAUUUUUAAUUUUUAGCAGAAUUUUGUAAUACUCAAACUCAUUACAUUUCAAGUUGUAGCGUGUUUUUGCCAAAAAUAAAUACAUACAGUAAACAAACCGCUGUUAAAAGAGAAUAUAUCUGCAUGCUGGAGGUAAAGGGCACUAUGUCACAAAUUUGUAAUUUUACAGGAGAAGCAUUUUAAGUUUAUUUUUGUGUUUCUUUAUUCACAGGAUGUAUGUUAAUAUACAUUAUGUCACAGUCCCUUGUCUAAUUUAUUCUUCAGAUUGUUAACUUUCAAAAUUGUAUUACUUAACACAUAUUGUGAUAAUAAACUUGAUUUAUUUUAAUAAAAAAAAAUUAUAACACAAUGUAGUGGACAUAGUGCUGUUUACCUCUUCAAGGUCUUUUGGGUCAGGGUACUAGAUGUUUACUAAAAAUCCAUUAAACAAUGUUAAACUUUAAUUUGUUUCUCCUUCAUGACAAACAUUACAGGGUAAAGUGUAAUACUUUACCCUGCUUGUUUAAUACUGGUAGUCCAGAAAGCCACUGCGCAUCCGCUAGGAAAAAUAUUCCGAUUCGGGUUUUUGACACAAUCUUACUCAAAAUGGGCCACUCUUAACAAAUUUGCAUGUUGCCAGGACCAAAAGUGGGUCAAACAUUUUUUAAACGUUUGUUUUUGUAUUUUUCCUAAAAUUAUUUUUUUUUUGCAUGGGACAAAGUAUUUUUAAUACUUUCUCCCAUGGUUUUUUGGAUCAUUCCAAACAGAAAUGCUCUUUAGUGACUUUUCUCUAAAGUUGAUAGUUUUUGACAUAUAAGCGAUUAAAAAUUGAAAAAUUUUAACCCUCAAAAACUAUGUGAAAAACUGAAAAUUGGAACGUUGCCAAGGUAGGUAGAUAUUCUUUAGACAUCGAUUGAUGAAUUCCCGAAGAGUUUUUUGCAAUACAAUAUUCAAAACUCUUUUGUUUUUUAAUAACUAAUCAAGAGUGCCCGACACUAUUUUCCACCGUUGCAUGUGUAUACAGUAUGGUGCAAAUGAAAGGAACAAAUUCGUUAUUUUGUAAACCGGCGAC